UACGAGCCUUUCCCACUUCUCAGGAUGAUGAGCUCUAAGUUCGCCGAUUUUUACAACAUCAGCUGUGCAGGACUGGAAAUAUGGGUGGUUCUGGUGACACAGAAACGUUCAACUGGACAACGAUACAUGAAUAUGUCAAUGGAACUGCUCAAAGAGGUAGAGCGACUAGACGAAUUCGUUAGGAACACAUCGACCACUUUCAAAGGCGAAGUCGUUCAUUUCAGUGAUCUCCACAAACGAGAUAUCAACUAUUUAUUUCACUGGUACAAGGUCAACUUCUUUGCGGAUAUCAAUCUCACGUUCCCUAUCGGUGAAGCGAUGGGGCACAAAUUCUUCAUUGGCAGUCAUUUCUUCGGAGUAAACAGACACCAAGAGUCGGAGGUUGGUCCAAUUGAACAAAUGGAAUUCGUAACGUUAUGGUAUAUGAGCCAAGUGGAAAGCUUCAAAGAACAACAACGUCUACAAGCCCUUGAAAUGAAGCUAUUCGAACUCAGUCGAGCGGAUAAUUUUAGCGAUUUGAUCAGCUUCGAUAUGUACGGAGAUCAGGUAGCAAAUGCCGAAAUGUUACGUGGAACAUUCCACACAGUGAAACUGUUCGCUUUGGGGGUUGUGCUGAUGAUAAUCUUCAUGGCCAUUGCUUUCCGUCACAUCUCCUUGAAAUCCCAGCCAAUUCUGAUACUUGGCGCUGUCGGAUCUCCAGCUAUCGCCACGGCUACGACUUUUGCAAUUCUGGGAUGGCUCGACUUCCCUUUCAAUUCAAUCAUGUGCAUUACACCAUUUCUGGUUAUGGGAAUCGGAGUCGACGAUGCUUUCCUCUUGUUGCAUUCAUGGCGUAGCCAUGGUAAUUUACCGGCAAAGGAACGUAUGUAUAUGGUAAUCCAUCAAAUUGGUCCAUCAAUGGCGAUCACCUCAGCCACGAAUACUCUUGCAUUUGGCAUCGGUAUCACAUCACCAACCCCGCAGAUGAGCGGUUUCUGCCUGUGCACCAGCGUUGCUAUUCUUUUCGACUUCAUUUUUGAAUUCGCCAUUUUUGGACCCCUCAUGGUCAUAUUCUAUGAUGAACGAGAGGAAAAACCCAGAGGAGUGAACAAGUCUGUUGAUUACUCGUUUGGUUAUUUUACAAUUUCUUGGGAGAGCUACACAAAAGUGUUACUUUCGCCAUUUGGGAAAUUCAUCGUCGUAACCGCUACCGUAGCCAUCUAUGUUAGUGCGUUUAUCGGUGUCAGCAGGAUGAAACCAUCGUUUGAUCCAUCGAAAACAUUCCCAAGUGAUUCUGAUCUCAUGCUAUCCCUGAGGAAAUUUGAAAGAGUGCAAAGUGAGUAUUCUCCGGUCAACUUCAUCAGCCUUUUGCCAUCGUUGACAAAUCCUCCGGAAAAGGCCAGUUUUUUCGAGAUGAUCGGGCGACUGGAACAUAGCGAAAGCUGCUAUGGCCCCGAACGGACCCAACUGAUGCUCAGGCGCUUCCUUGAGAACAUUACCAGCCUAGACUAUCAGUAUAUACCACAAUUCCUUGCUGAUCGGCAAAUAAAAGACAAAGCAGUUAUACAGUACAGAUUGGAUAAGUAA